AUGGGCCUUGAAAGCCCAAAAGAGAAGAAGAAUGCGCGUGAAAACAAGUCUAAUCUCUGGGAUUCCUUCCUCCACACUUGCGUCUCCUCCAACAGUUUUGCAAUCAAAUUCCAACGGCAAGAGUUUGAGGAGAUGGUCUCGCCCGAAAACGCUAAUUGGAUAUCCGACCUGAUCGAUGCCGACUAUGGAAGCUUCACCAUCCAAGGUCCUGGUUUCUCUUGGCCUCUUGCCGUUUCUAAUAACAACUCCAGCGUUGGAGUUGAUGGGUCGGCUGGCAAUUCAGAAGCCAACAAGGAACCUGGCUCCAAAAAGAGGGCGAGAUGUGAAUCAUCCUCUGCCACUAGUUCGAAAGCAUGUAGAGAGAAGCAGCGCCGAGACAGGCUGAAUGACAAGUUUAUGGAAUUGAGUGUAAUUUUGGAGCCUGGAAAUCCUCCCAAAACAGACAAGGCUGCAAUCUUGGUCGAUGCUGUCCGCAUGGUGACACAGCUACGAGGCGAGGCCCAGAAGUUGAAGGACUCCAAUUCAGGUCUUCAGGACAAAAUCAAAGAGUUGAAGACUGAGAAAAACGAGCUGCGAGAUGAGAAACAGAGGCUGAAGACAGAGAAAGAGAAGCUGGAGCAACAGCUGAAAGCCAUGAAUGCUCCUCAACCAAGCUUCUUCCCAGCUCCACCUAUGAUGCCAACUGCUUUUGCUUCUGCGCAAGGCCAAGCUCCCGGAAACAAGAUGGUGCCAAUCAUCAGUUACCCAGGAGUUGCCAUGUGGCAGUUCAUGCCUCCUGCUUCAGUCGAUACCUCUCAGGAUCAUGUCCUUCGUCCACCAGUUGCUUAA